GCAAUAGAUACCUUUAUCUGAUGCUUACCAGAGCUGUCCAGUAGAGCUUUGCUUCCCUGGAUUUCAAUACACAAAUCAAUCAAACACCUUUCUUCAAUCUUCACCCAAAUCCCUAAUCUCCCUUUUUCCUCUCAUACCCUAAAAUCAACUUCAAAAAGGGUAUUCAGUUCCUCUAUGUUCUGCCUGCAACAUCAAAUCUUCACUUGUUCUUGUAGAAUCCAAAUAUCACCUUACUUGUAAGCUUUGCUUUCAUAUACACAAGUACACAGGACUCCCUGUGUCCUGAAACUGAACGUUGUUUUGUCCUGGAAAUUACUGUUCAGAUUCAUAACACCCACCAAAGUUGCUUCGACGGAAAUUUAAACUAGAGGCUCCAAAAAUUUUGUUACCAUAAUUGCCCCUAUAUCAGAUUAGCUUUCGUAGUUGAGCUGAGGGUAGAAGAGAGGCCAAUUUUUAACAUUCUCUUUUUUAACUUGACCCCACGAGUGGACUUCUGCUACUAAUUUUUUCCCCUCACCUGCCUCUAUUUGGCCAGCCAGCCAGCCAGCCUCUUAACCUGCGCACCCUCGCUCAGGCGAAGACAAGAGUCAAUCAGAAAACAAAGCAACCCCACAAACUCAUAGUCCUCUGCAAGAUUUUUAAAAACUCUCUCUCUUUCUCUUUCUCUGUGCUGUUUCUGAAGGAAAACAUGAGGUAGAAGAGAAAGAAGAGAUGGGUUGUGAUCAGUUGUAUUGGAAAUCCAAUAUAAAUUAAAAAAAAAACAUAAGAAAGAAAAGGAAAGGAAAAGGAAAAAAAGGGGGGAAAAAUCUAAACUUCACCCCACCAUCAAAUGGAAAUCACAGAUAUGCAAAGCAACAAGCAAAAUAAUACCACCCAAGAACCCCACCAAUCUCACCACCAGCGUCACCACCACCACCACCACCACCAAGUUUCUUUUGAUGGCAGAUCAUCAGGUGGAGGACCAUCUCCAGGUCCCUUUAUGGGCUCCAUCUCUAUCCAAGCUGGCUUGUCUCAUGCUGCUCAUCAUGUCCACCAGCAUCAUGGUCUUGCUUCUUCAGCUCCUACAACUACUGGGUCUGCUCCUUCAACUUCUUCUUCUUCUUUAUCUCCUCCUUCUUCUACUUCCACCUCCACGUCUUCUGCUGCAGCUCCUCCUCAACUUGUCGACGCUUCUCUUGCUAUCGCCACCAGAUCUGGACCUGUUUUAGACUCAACAAAGAAAAAUCAGCAGCAGAAUCUUUCCGUAGUUACCACCACAUCUACAGCCACCACCACUGCUUUGACUGCAACACCAGCGAAGAGGUCCACGAAGGACCGACACACAAAGGUUGAUGGGAGAGGGAGGAGAAUCAGAAUGCCAGCAACUUGUGCAGCUAGGGUUUUUCAAUUGACAAGAGAAUUGGGUCAUAAAUCUGAUGGAGAAACAAUUGAGUGGUUGUUACGGCAAGCAGAACCUGCGAUUAUAGCAGCCACCGGAACUGGAACUAUACCAGCGAAUUUUUCUACUCUCAAUGUUUCGUUGAGAAGCAGCGGAUCCACCCUCUCAGCUCCGCCUUCGAAAUCUGCUCCUCAUUCAUUUCAUGGAGCUUUGGCUUUAGCUCAUCAUCCUCAUUACGAAGAAGGGUUCUCUCAUACAACUUUGUUGGGGUUUCACCAUCAGCAGCAGCAGCACCUGAUGACAGCAGAUCAAAUAGCAGAAGCGCUGCCAGGUGGCAGUGCUGGUGGUGGAGGAGGAGGGAGUGGUGGUGGUGCUGGGGAAGAUUCUAGUGAGAAUUAUAUGAGAAAACGUUUUAGAGAAGAUUUAUUCAAGGACGAUAGUCAACAACAACAAGGAGAAAGUGGCAGUGGUGGAGGUGGUGGUGGUACUAGCGGAGGUGGCGGUGCUGGAACAGGAGGAGGAUCUCCCGGUAAAGGAUUUAAAAGUGGGUUGCAACUACCAAAACCUCAGCAACACGACACAGGAUCAUCAGGACUACUUAGGCCUUCAAAUAUCCUACCUCCCACAGCCAUGUGGGCAAUGGCACCAGCACCAAGCAGCGGCAGCACAAUCUGGAUGGUUCCAGUGACUGCUGGCGGAGCCGGUGGUGGUCCAGCCAUUACCACUACCACAACAGGGGCUGGACCUUCAGAACCCCAACCCCAGAUGUGGCCUUUUUCUACAGCAACACCAGCAAGUGGAAACUCACUACAAGCUCCAUUGCAUUUUGUCCCAAGAUUCAAUCUUCCAAGCAAUCUUGAAUUUCAAGGUGGAAGAGGAAAUGCUUUACAAUUGGGUUCCAUGUUAAUGCAGCAACAACCUUCACAACACAUUGGAUUAAGCAUGGCAGAUUCAAAUUUGGGAAUGUUAGCUGCUCUAAAUGCAUAUUCAAGAGGUGGAUUAAAUAUGAAUUCCCAGCAAAACAAUCCAUUGAAUCAACAUCAUCAACACCAGCAACCUCAAGAUACCAAUAGUGGAGAUGAAGAUCCAAAUAGUUCACAAUGACAAGAUUCAUAAGUUGGUUAGUUGCUCUUAUUCAAAUACAUAAAUAUGACAGCUUGAUGCCUAUGAAUUUUUCUUUUCUCCAAAAUUAUUGCAUAGGAAGCAGCAGAAGCUAGAAGAUUGUUGUUGGGUUUGCUUUUGCAGAUUUGGGUUUGAAUUUGUGUUGAAUUUAGUUCUAUUGAUGAUGGAGAAUGAGAUUGAUCAGUCUCCUAGUAAUUGCCAUUUUGAUUUUGGUUUGUUAAUUUUUGAUUUCUUCUAGAAACAAAAAAGAAAAAAAGAAGAAAAAUAGAGAUAGGAAGAGCUAGAGUUUGUAUAGGAGGAUAUUUGUUUGUGUUUAGUAUAAUUAUUAUUUGCUUUGUUUGUAUGAGCAAAAUGAAGAAGAAGCAAAAGGAAUUGAGAGUUUUUGUUCUUUGUUA